AACUGUGUGAAGAUGAUGAACGGUACACGUGAAGAAUGUGAGGCCGCGGAGUACUAAAUCAGCGCUUGGAGGAAGAAAUAGUUUUAGGGUUCUUUCUUCGAGUGUUCUAAGAGGUCAGUGGGGUGAAGAAACUGGAGUGUCUAAGUUCAAUGUAAGCAAAAAUCUGGAGCUUGCAAGGUUAUCAUGGAGGCUCAGACUCAUGAGGUUAUCCCUACUAACCCUCGGGUUAAAGUCACACUUCAACUUGGAUCGGAAAAAUAUUCUGUAAAGGGGAAUGGAGACCAUAUCUCUGAGCAAUUAAUUUCAAUGAAAGAGAAAACCAUGAGCAUACUCAAGGAUUUUAUCACCAAGUAUAACAUUCCAAACAAUGUGCCUGACGAGUUAGUUGAAAGUUCUUCAGAAGAUGAGGAAGUCCAAGAGAAGCCUCAGAUAUUCGAGAUAGAUCAGUUUUUGGAGCUCUGCACUUCUUGUUUUUCAGUGAACUGGGAUUCAAAUUGAAUGUUAGCUGUGCUGGUUGUAUUCAAGUACGACUAUCUUAUGGUAAGGGCGGUUGAUAAAUUUUUUACCAAUUGUGCAUGUUAAGGUUCAAAUUUGUUUUCAACAUUGGAUUUGUUAGUUUCUGGAAUUGAUGGAUUCAAUUUAUCAUUACUGAAA